AUGGCUCGAACAACAAACUACAGCUGGUUACUCCUCUCCCUGGUCCUGCCGUGUGCUGUAGUGCCGUGUGUGGGAGAGAACCCACUAGGUUGUAGGAUCUUCCGGGGGAUUUUAGUCUGCUUGUUUCAAUACCACAGUCUGACCGACCUUCCUUCAGGAAUACCUGAUGAUGUUGUUAGCUUGGAUGCGUCGUUUAACAGCAUUAGAAACCUCACACAUGUCCCGCUUCUUUACAAUCUGUGCACGUUGAACCUACGAUCAAACCGUAUUGAAACCGUGUCUUGGGUAUCACUCCGCCGGUUACCGGCCUUACAGAAUAUUCACUUAAAUGAUAACAAGAUAACCAGUGUAAAUUUGGAUGUCGUUAUAAACCACCUUCCAGAUCUGAAGUUGGUGGAUUUAUCGAGUAACAGACUCACUUCAGUCUCUGUCCAGGGGUUGGGACUUCCGUUUUUGGAGAAGGUCAAUAUCGACAGCAACCCUUUCAACUGUGACUGUGCGCUGCUGUGGUUAAUGAACAAAGUCAGAUGUUUGCAAGAAUGUCCACGUGCUGGCCCUGUUCUCGAGAACAACACAAGCAUUCAGGAAGUAAACAGUAAGGAGAUCAGUAAACUAGCGAUCGGUAGUGAACAAAUUAUCAUUAUGGUGUCGGUUAGUUUUCUGGCGUUACUUUUUAUCUUGUACAUAAUGAGAAAGAUAAGGCGCGUGACGUCUGAAGACGACAUCGGUGCUGCGGCAAAUGUCCUACUAAAGAAAUUUUGUGGAGAUGAACUGAGAUGA